AUGGAGAAAUGCUCAACAAAGGAGAAUGGAGUCUUUACUUGUUCCUACGGGUUCAAGAAUGGACUUAGAGCAUUGGGUGAAACCGGUUAUGGGAAAAAUUAUAAGGUUAAUGUCGAUGGUGCAAUCUUUGCAAGUGAUAGUCGAUUUGGAGCGGCAGGGGUGGCCUGGGAUUAUCAGGGUCGAUUCAUUGAAGGCUUCACAGUUUUACGAGUGGGGGUAGGGGUUAAGGAGGCUUUGAUCCAAAGCGCGGUGGAUAUUCUUUCUCCUUUUGGCCUUCAGGUGGCGGCUUGUCGUUCUCUUAUGGCCGAUUUGUCGUUAGUCACAAUUAAUUUUGUUAAACGUUCUGUAAACAAAACUGCACAUUGUCUUGCUCGUAGUUCUUGUUUGUAUCCAGAUCGUAUAUUUGGCGUGGAGAAUGUUCCCGCUGAUGUUCUUUCUAUUGUAAUGGUUGAAUCUUCUUAUUAA